GAUCACUCGAUGCUCAAAUAAAUAGUUUGUAACAGUAUUCAAGGAUUUUGACAGACAAACGAUUUUAGACUCCUUCACAAUAUUGGAAGAAUGUUUUCUUUAUCCUGGUGGUGGUCAAACUUAGGUUCUCAACGAUUUAACUUACCUUUCACCAAUUCAGUUGAAUGUGAGAAGCCCUGCUAAUAUUUAUGAGCCUAAAAUAAUUUCUUUGAAUGCUUAAUAAUUAUAUAUUGAAUUGGAGGGUUUUUCUGCGCUAUAGUUGGCUUGAAAGCGUAAACUGAACAGCAUCAAUAAUACGAACUUCAAACGCAAUCCCAACUUGGAAGAUUACGCUUGUCUUCAGCGUUUUAUCUGCACUCAUUCUGAAAUUAUUGUCCUUGCAUCCUAAUUUAAUUUCGGGGAGCUUCUAAUAAGAAGCAUUUUGUCUAACAAAGCUGACAGGGGCCUUUGUAAAUUUACUUAAUUAUUUGAUUUCCCAUAAUUUAUUUAUUUAUUGCAUUUUUUUCGUCUUUUGUUCGUUUUACUGUGUUGUCCAUUUAUUUGUGCGAUCAUCAAACCGGUUUAUUGACGACCUCUUCUGUUAUUAUUAGCUUGAAAAGCCUUACUUUUGUUUUAUUCUUACGCUUAGACUUCUUGGCUUUUUAGGUUAUUAAGGUCAAUUCACCCUCUCUUCAGUAAGCAAAUGAAAUAUCUAGUCCAUUUCAUUUCGCAUUUGGCACUACCAGGAGCAUUCAAUUUUAUUUACUCUUCUUCCCCUUGAUAUUGUUGUUGUUUCCGAUUUAUGCUUUUGCUUUGCAACUUAUUCUUGGAUUUUGUCUUUCAUUUCCUUCCUUUUCUUGUCAGUUCAGCGUCUUUGUGUAAUACAUUGACUAUAAAAUUUCUAUCUUCUAUUCUUGGGUGGAUCUUAGUUUGUCUAACUCUUUUCUUUCAUCUCUUCAUUCGUUUUAAAUAUGUAUUGGAUUCAAUGCAUUACCGUCCCUCUGUUGUUUUUAUGGAUAAAAUCCGUAAUUGCCUAUCACGAUGUGGACGAAGGUAUUGUUGCCUUGGAUGUUGUUCCGAGGAGUGUGGAAUUUUCGUCCGCAAAUCCUCACUUACAAAAACGCUAUUCAGUUUUUGGUUCUGAUAUGUCCACUUUUCCAUUGACUCUUCAAAGUUAUGCGUAUUACACCACUACGCUGUAUAUAGGUCAUCCUGCAAUUCCAUAUAUUGUGGCUGUCGACCUUGACAUGCCAUACACUUGGCUCACAUACUACGAUGUGUUAUCAUUCAAUCCAACUUUUUUAGGAAUCGAUGUUGAUGGUUCCCAAUGGGGUAGUGAGGAACUUCGGUACUUCCUUUGCGACGCCAAUCCAAGUGACUCUUGCUAUACCGGUAAUUCUUCAUUGGGUUUUUCCUUUGUGAAUGAACCCAAGACGUAUUUAAUCAAAUAUGAUGAUAACAUCACGGUUGCUGGAGUUAACGUUCAAGACUCUUUAGUGUACAACCAUUACCAUGAACUUAGUAACUUUCAGUUUGGGAUUACAUUGAAGGAGUACGUUCCCAGUUCUUUAUUACCAUACAAAGGUGUUCUGGGGUUGGCUGCUUCUUCUGAAAUUAAUAGUAUAGACUUCGUGGAUUCUAUUUCGAGAUUCAAACCACCUACGUUUUUGGAUCAGUUAGUAGACAGUGAUAUUUUAAGUACGCCGUCCUUCAGUUUAACAUUUGAUACAACCGGAAACGGGACACUUAUUUUAGGUGGUGUAGACGGAACAAAGUAUAGCGGAGCUUUGGUUACACACCGGCAGACACGAACCCGUCAUUAUUCAACUACUCUGUACUCCUUGCAGUACGUGAAUUCAACGUUUGCUUCGAACUUUUCGCUAGUGGUAGAUGCGCUUCUCCAAACUCGAGAACUAUUUAUUUAUCUACCUUAUGACAUUUCGUAUGCUUUAACUGAUCUUAUGGGAGGUUUUGUUGCGUAUGACUACCUUGCAGUUUCCUGUGACAGCAUCGACGACAACAGUGGUAUCAACCUUCAAUUUGGUUGUAAUUCGACAAUUUUCAUUAAAACUUCAAUGCUGAUUGUUGGAACUAUUGAUGAUAUAUGUGUUUUAGGUAUCCGGCCGACAUCAUCAUCGCAGGCUGUGUUAGGAUUGGCUUUUUUUCGAAAUGCAUAUACUGUAUUCCACCAAAAGGCAAAAACUAUAUCCAUUGCUCAGGCCUAUCAUAAUAUGAGCACAAACUUCACUGCAAUCUUGAGUGAAUCUGUUCCUGGAGCAAGUAUGUGCAGCCAGGUCCCCACAAGUACCAAACUAUCAGAAUUGGUAGAAACAACCCAUUUCUCUCCAGCUUCCAAGAAAGUUAAUUCGAUAACCUAUGGAGAACUUUUUCGACAUAAUGUGUCGGUAGAAGCUACAGGUUUACCUGCUUACAAUAUAUCUUCCAUGAGAGCGACUAUGAUAGAGCAUCAUAGUUUCUCUCCGAACAACAAAGUUUCUUGGAUGUUUUUAUGUGUUCCUACCAUCUUAUCAAUAAUACUAUUAUUUGCAACUUAGAAAAUCAAGAUAUGUAGAAAGCAGUAAAUGAAGAGUGGUAAUGAAUCAUCGUGUUUCUCAC